AUGGCUGUCAAGCAGUGCUAUGCCGAUGAGGAACCCGAGCAAAGCCCAUGGGUUCGGACUCCAUUGAGGGAGUCGUAUGCAUUAUCAGAAGCAGCAGGAUGCAGAAUCUUCCUCAAGCUGGAGAAUCUCCAACCUUCUGGAUCAUUCAAAUCACGAGGAAUUGGCAACUACAUCCUCCGUCGUCUCGAAGAACUCCCACAAGGCUCGCGGCCUCAUAUAUUCGCAUCCAGCGGUGGCAAUGCAGGGCUCGCUGCUGUUCACUCGGCUCGCGCUCUCAACUUACUAUGCACUGUCGUCGUACCAACUGCCACAGCACCUUUGAUGGUAGCCAAACUACGAGCAGCGGGUGCAUAUGAAGUUAUCCAAUACGGUGCAGCUUGGAAGGACGCCGACACAUACCUCAAGGAGCAUGUCAUGCCCUACGCACAAACAUCGACGAUUUACUGCCCACCAUUUGACCACCCAGACAUCUGGCAAGGCAACAGUACCUGCAUGGAUGAGAUUGCGGCUCAACUCCCUGGCGAGCCAGACGUAUUGAUUUGCUCUGUCGGCGGUGGUGGUCUAAUCAACGGUAUCUGCCAGUCCAUGGACAAACACCAAAUGAGCAAGACAACCAUUCUCGCUAUGGAGACUGCCGGUGCCGAGAGCUUGAACGCAUCACUCCAAGCCAAGGAACUCAUCACAUUACCCAAAAUCACAUCCCAAGCAACAAGUCUAGGCUGCGCCCGCGUAACAGACGCCACAUUUAAAUACGGCCAGCGAGGCAACGUCCAAAGCGUAGUCUUACCUGACGCAGAAGCAGCAAUGGGCUGCUGGCGUCUCGCAGACGACGAACGCAUCAUGGUAGAGCUUGCCUGCGGUAUCAACGUCGCUCUCUGCUACGACGGCCGGCUCGAGAAAGCACUUGGCCGUCCCGUUCGACCAGAAGACAAAGUCGUGAUCGUGCUUUGUGGAGGUAGCAAUGUCACGAGCAAGAUGUUGUGCGAUUGGAGGAACGAGUAUGCGUACAUUGAAGAAGAGACCGAGGCAAGGAGGAGGAAGAGCGACUCUGCUCUUGGAAGUGAGACGCAGAGCGAGACUGGCAGUGUGAAGGAUAUGGAUAUGGAUAUGGGCAACGUACCAAUCAUCAAUCCAUUUACCAAGAAUGAACACCGUAUGAGACGUAACACUGAGAGUACUGAAUGGGUCACAGCUGGCUCUUCAACGAUAGCUAGAAAGAACGUUGAUGCUAGAACACAAACCUCAAUAUGCACCAGCCGGGACUUCGUUUCGCCGAGCGACGUCAAGAAUGUUUCUCUCAGGACGCCCGCGCUGUCAUCAAUGAGAGACGAUGCGAGACCACUACCACCAAAGUCUCCUGCAGUUUGUACCAGAGUCUCCCGUCGGGACACUCCUUUACCAACACUCCAGCUCAUGGACUUCUCGAGGCUUGAACAGACUUUAAGAGAAUCGAGUGUGAAUGUUUCUCCUCAUUCCCCAGCUUCGAUAGAGGAGCCUGGGUCAAACGCCAACAACUCGUGGCAGAAACAGGAUUUAUAUGGAACAUUUGAUGCAAAUCAGGCUGCAUCUUCGAAGCGAACGCAUGUUCAGCAGCAAGGUAUCUGCAGUUCAACUCCGUUGUACCGCGCAGCUAAGGAAAUUUACCAUGUAGGCCCAAAAGGCGAGGGGCAGAAGGUGUGGGAAGCGUAUCAGCAGGCACGCAGCCAAAGACGAGUUGAUGGUGAAAUGACGCAGAGUAUAUCAUCUGAACCAAUGGUUGACGAAGAGAACAUAGAGUCACUACCUCUUCUAUUCCCAACAAGUCCGGAUAGAGUAGUCUUCCCACCACUACGACCACGGUCACCUCAACCUCAGAGUGGUGGUAAAGGGAGAGAAUCUGGUCGUUCUGAUCUGAGAAGAGACUCUGGCUUCUCAAGCUCGAGCUAUGAGGUGCCUGUAGCCAUCAAUAAGAGUAUCCAGAGCACCGUCGAUGUGAACAAACCCCUUCCUCCUGUUCCACAGUUGGACGCAGCACCGAAGGCACGACGAACCAAGGACAGAAUGUCAGGAGAUUCACCACAGUGCACCGAGAAAGAACCAACCUACACGUGGUGGAAGCAUUCGCCUUGCAAAGCACCCCACUCUUUGAAGUCCAAGAUUUCUCAUCCUGGUCCACUGAUGGUAUCAAGCGAAGGUGUCACAGUUAAUGUCGCUGCAGAAUGCGGUGGGGUUGGCGGACCUGCAGCUGCCAUGUCACUUCCUGUAACCCACAUGGGUACUCCCUUACCUCGACCGCCUAGUACCUAUGAAAAGAAGAAGGAGGUCGGGCGGCCGUCGCCGCGAUCUUUUCACCUCGCAACACUUCAUCUCAGCCCCUCAAAGAGGACCGGCAAGGGCAUUGAGAGAGAAAAGGUAGCUGGAAGCGAUGGCUUUCACGCAACACAUUGGCGUGAUAAAUUUGUAGGUCCUGCGUACGAAGCUAGUAAAUCGUUGAAGCAAAGUGCGAUGGAGACGCUAGACGGUGUGCAUGUAGGGAGGAAGAAGAGAACUUCGGAUAUUAGCUUUGCGUGCCAAGGUAUAGCGGACGAAAAGUUGGACAGGUAUCAAGUUAAUGAAAAGUCGUCAAGCGACGAUGAGAUGGGGAUGGUUCCUGAUCCGUUGUUCAGCGUCAAGAAUACGGGAACGAAAAAGAGACCCUGUUAA